CUAAAUAAAACGAAUAAAAAUUUCACAGUAUGUUUGAUCUUAUCAAUUGCGGUGGAAAAGAAAAUCAGUGUCUCAGAGUCUCAGAUACAGCUUCUGCUUUUAUUCCGGUGAUAGAAAAAGUGUUAUAUAUUUCCAUUUCUAGUUCCUUUAAGUAAUAUCUCUUUGGUUCUCAUCUGCAUUAAUUUUUUUUUUCUUUAGUUACUGCUUAUGCUAGUUUGUAUGAUAAAUGUUAAAUCUUGCUAUCUUAUUUUUUCUUUCUUUGGUGGAAUGAAUUGGCAUUUGUUUUUAAUGGGUCUUUGAUCAAAUAAAUUAAUAUAAAUUGGGUUGGUGGCAGAAGGUUUUUUUUUUUUUUUUUUUUGUUUGAGGUGAUUUAGAUUAGAAAUCAUGCAUCUUUUUUGAGGGUAAAAUGUAUGAAAGAGAAACAAGAUGAUCAACAAUUGGAAGUCAUAAUCUUGAAGGAAACCAGAGAAAUAUUUAGUGACUAGUUGAUGAUGCUAGACUAGAGGAACAGUUAUUAGCUAGGCACCAUGUUGCAAAUUGAAUGACAUUUUCAAGGAAAAUGAAGAGUAGAUGGGUCCUUUUGCAAUCUUGUUUUUCCAUGAUUGGAUCACUUUACUUUUAGUAGUUAGUAGUUACUCUUGAUCUUUUGAAUUAUGUCAUCAAUUUUACAUUAUCCAAGCAGUAUUUCUUGUUGAGAUGCAUUUUUAUGAAUGGAAGGUUUGAUACACGUUGUAACUGUUUCCCGUUCUCCUUUUCUUCUGUUUUGGUAAUGAAACUUCAUUAAGAAGUUUUGAACCUUGGAUCAUGCCUCUGCUCUAAAAUGCAGUAACCGCUAGUCCAAUCCUGUGCUCUUUGAUAUGAUUAUAGAAAAGGGGAACUUCUUUUAAAGCUAAUUCUCUACAAGUUUUGCACCUGUUUUCCCUUUUUAGCUUUCAUUAUGUCAAGCAAAGCAUGAUUGAAAGGCAACAGAAAAGUUCUUGUUUUUGAUUUUGAAACCAUACUCAAUUAUUUUUCAUUUGUUGUAUAUGUCUGCCUUAAAAUCAAAAGGAAAGAAAGACUUGAUGAGUUGUGCAGUGUGUGUGUGUGUGUGUGUGUGUGUGUGAUUUGGUGGGUAAAGAUUCUAGGUCAAACUGU